AUGGACGACGUCACACAAAAGAAGAGGGACGCACUCUCAGACAACGUCGCUCAGAUGUUUCCCUCUCACCUCGCUCGCCUGCAAUCACUCGCAUCGCGCGUCACCGCGCAGAAUGUUGCCGCCAUGCUCGGUCAGCAUAUGCCCCGGCUCAAGCGCUUGUAUGUGACGGUCGACGAAAAGCCUGUGCAUUAUCGUGGCUCUCAAGUUAUCGCUGCUCCAGAACUGCACACUCUGUAUAUGAAUGGGAUCUCUCUGCCAUACUACGCACCCAACUUGCGUUCUCUGCGUAUCAGAUUUCGACACAACACCCAGGUGCUAUUGUCUUCCUUACUGGACCCGCUCCGCUCCGCAUCCUUGCUAGAAUCGUUGGAGUUGCAGAACGCCAAUAACGAAUUUGGACCUAUGGACCCCAUGUUGCCAUUACGCGUACCGGUCGAUCUGCCGCAGCUGGCCUCUCUCAUAUUCGACGGUACCUCGUUCAACUUCAAGUCACUCUGGAAGUCCAUACAUAUCCCUCUGACGGAAAGCGUGUCUGUGGAGGUCAUGGGUAGAGACACGGAAGUUGACGUUGUGCGCCUGCUUCGGCCGUUCUUCGAAAGACCCACGAACGAUACUUUGCGCUUGUUCUGCAACGAUGACUUUUGGAGUAGGAGGAUCUCUAUGCGCGUCUGCGCAUCCGCGGAUGGGCUCAUACACCCGAUGGCGUACGGAAAGGCUCGCCUUUCUGGCGCGCAGAUCAGCGCCGUAUACGAGCAACGACAUCACGAGCAAGCGGGCGACACGUCAACGCGACCGGAUGUAUUCGCGUCAGCACUCGUCGCAAAUCUCAUUCCCGAGAGCAUUCGCUUUCUCGACCUCGACCUUGCCUUACGGCGCGGUACAGCCCUCCAACUCUCCGAACUUGAUUCGAUCCGCGAUGCGCUCCGGCCACUUGUGAACGUCUCCGCCAUCUCCGUUGGGCGAGAUUCCGACAUGAAGAUACUGAAGGAGUUGCUCUGUCCGGAGUCCGCGUCCACAACGAGUCCUUUCCCACUCCUGCGCACUUUAGAGCUCAAACACCUUCGCGAUACAACGGCAUGCGAAAGAUGGUGGCGUAGCGAUUUCAAAGACGUUCUGGAGAAUUGGGCGAACUUGGGCAUACUCUGCACCACGCUCUUAGCAUAUCGUCGCCCCCUGACUCGCGUUCGAGUCUCCGCGCAUACCUUGUCGGAACUUGGCGGGGAUGAGGACGCAUAUCGUGCACAGGAGAGGUGGAUCAGAGGAGCGCAGUCGUGGGUCGAUGACCUUGAGAUUACGGAUCUUGCUGUAAAGCGCGUCGCGGCGUAG